UGCAUUUCACUGCUCUCUCUCAGAAACGAAAACCCCGACUCAACUCUGUCACGAUUUCCUUCCCUCCUUUUUCAAUCCCUUACGCCGCAACUUCCACCACCAACACCGAACAUGGCGACACCGGCACACGCUCAAGCCGUCAAGUCUCUCAACAAAUCCCCCGGUCGCCGCCGUUUCGUUUUUAAGUCUUUCUCUGAUAGAGUAGAUGAUAUCGAUAUCAAUGUCUAUAGAAGUCUUCAUAAAGUCAAAGCUGAACCAUCUGAAGGUUCCUCUUUUUUCAGAGACUGCCUUGUAGAAUGGAGGGAAUUGAAUACCACAGAAGAUUUUAUUUCAUUGUAUGAAGAAGUCAUACCUUGUACACAAACAUUGCCGCUGGUGUUGUUGCACAAGGAAACUUUAAUCUCAAAGCUUCUUUCUCGGUUGCACAUGAAGGCAAGGCUAUCCCUUGAACCAAUUCUCAGGUUAAUUGCAGCUUUAUCUAGAGAUCUCCUAGAUGAAUUUAUUCCGCUAUUUCCAAGGAUUGUUGAUUCUUUAGCAUCUCUUCUAGAAAGUGGUGCUGAUAGGGAGCCAGAUAUAAUUGAGCAGAUCUUCACGUCAUGGUCAUAUGUUAUGAUGUAUCUGCAGAAAUAUCUAAUACGCAACCCAUCAGAGGUGCUUAAGGUCACAUCAAAAUUGAGGUACUAUCCAAAGGAAUAUGUUCGACAAUUCAUGGCAGAGGCAAUGUCAUUUGUUUUGAGAAAUGCCCCAGACGUGCAGCUCAAAAGAGGAAUUGAAAGAGUCAUCACUGAGGUAGCGAAGAAGCCAUCUCCAUUCCGAGAGUCUGGUGUUGAAUUAUUGCUUUAUAAUAUUAUGAAAGGAUACUCAUCAAGGUUCCAUUCGAAAGCAGAGCGAGUGUUACAAUUAUUAACAAGCAAAACAAUUUAUCACAUUGGUGAUGGAGAUGACCAAGGCAAGGAUGGGGAUGACCAAGGCAAGGACGGAGACGACCAAGAGUCAAGUACCAUUUUGAACAUCAUAAAAUCCGUGUUUAAGAAAUUAUGCGAGACGACGGAACCCAAAGAGUUGAAUUUGGUAUGGAGUUGCUUAUAUAAUGAAGUGCAUGAAUGUGUUACUACCGAAAACAUCGGACAUUUAAGACGCAUUUUAUCAGUGCUAGUCUCAGCUAUUAAGGUGCAAAAAGGGCAAAAUGUGUCCGAUUAUAAGCCCAUGCUUGAACUCGUCCUCUUGCUUGUGCGGUCAUAUAUCACACCUUUGGGAGUUACUGAGUCACAAGAAGAUAUAUGUUUAGUUGAUAGAAUUUUGAAAUUAAUGUUGGCCACUCUCGACGGGCUGUGUAGUGAUAGUAAUAAAUCAAUGAUAUCCGAGUGUGCUACCCAGUGGGCUCCAAUUUUUAAAUCACGAAGCUCAAGUUUGCUACGGUUCAUCGAAAAACUGCUACAGAAGGAUCUCUGUUUAUUUGCUUUCAGAAGUAAGGUUAUAAGUGCAAUAAACGAGUUAAUGGAGAUUUCAGAGGAAAAGGUCAUACAAUUAUUUCAAUCCUUCUGUGAGAAAAUGCAAUUGGAUAUACGAGGCCCAGACUUUUUAGACAGAGAAAGUGAAGAAGCAUUAGCUAGGAUAUGCAAUCAUUUGGAAGGGACUAUCCGUUCUUGGAUUGAAAAAAUAAACAAUAUUGGACAUGCCGACGUUUCUUGUGAAAUUGAUGAAAGAAAGGUAGCACUGCUAUGGGGAGUUGUGAACUGCUAUUCUCAUAUGUCUAUUGUUGACGCCGUUCCAUCCUUGUUGGUGGAUCUUAUGGAUGCGGUAGAUCAGCUUCUGACUGUUAAAGCUGUCCAUAUUGCAGAUAUGUCUAAAGAAGCAUGGGAAAGCAUUAUAGGUGCUUCACUAAGUUCUUUCAACAGAUUGUGCUAUGACAGUAACCUUGGAGCUGAUGAAACCAAAAAGUUUCUAAGUUUUGCAAAACGAUACAAGUCAUCUCCACACGUGUUACCGGCUGUUGCUGGUUAUUUGGAAAGCAAGUACGGUUCUUCUUUGGAAGAGACUGGGUGUAGAGUGUACCAUCCAGAACUUGAGGAAAUGAUUGCAGAGUCAGUGGCAGCAUUUGCGGAUAAUUUGUGCCAUUCAGACAAGGAGGUUCGCAUUUCAACUCUUAAAAUACUCUGUCACUACAAAUCUUUGGGCGAGGAAAUUUCUUCGGUGGAUCAGUCAGCUGCGAAGAAAAGGAAAAUCGAAGUUUCACCAACUUCCAUUGUGGAUAACGUAGGAAAUAAUCCUCUGCUGGUUCUUCUGUCUAUUGAAACAACUCCAGUUUCAAUUUCUACAAGCAGAAGUAUCCAACGAUUGAUUUCCAAGAUACAGAUGGACCUAUCUGCUGGAAGGAUUGCCAAUGUUUAUGCACCACUUGUUUUGAGCGGGUUAUUUGGCAUCUUGAAUAACCAAUUUAGCUAUCUCUGGGAUCCUGUAUUAGAAUGCAUUUCUGUCUUGGUUAGUCUAUAUUUUUCACUCGUGUGGAAUACCCUUAUCGAUUAUCUGGAAAGAUGUCAAGCAACAAGAGAGAGCUCUAGCAGCUUGCAUGAUAGUGCCAAUGGUGCAUCGUUUGAUCAGCCAGCUGGUUUACUUGGUUGUUUCAAAUUAUUUGUCCAUCAUGAAUCUGAUUGCACACCAUCCGGAACAAUAUUGACAUUAUUGUUGCAAGCAUUACAAAAAAUUCCAACUGUAAUUGAACCUCGCUCCCGGCAAUUCAUUCCCCUUUUUUUGAAGUUCUUAGGAUACAACACUCUUGAUCUUGCAAGCGUGGGAUUGUUUGAUUCUCAUGCUUGUAAAGGAAAAGAGUGGAAGCUCAUCUUGAAGGAAUGGCUAAACUUGUUGAAACUUAUGAAAAAUCCCAAGUCAUUUUACUUGAGCCAAUUUCUUAAGGAGAUUCUGCAGAAUAGGCUUAUAGAAGAAGACGAUCCUGAAAUACAGUUUAGAGUUCUUGAUUGCCUAUUAAUAUGGAAAGAUGAUUACUUUUUACCAUAUACCGAGCAUCUGAUAAACUUGAUUAGUUACAAAAUUACAAGGGAAGAACUAACAACAUGGAGUUUAUCAAGAGAAUCUAAAAUGAUUGAAGAAUGUCACCGAGCUUAUCUUGUGCCAUUGGUUAUCCGUCUCUUGAUGCCAAAAGUAAGAAAGUUGAAAGGACUUGCAUCUCGAAAGAAAGCAAGUAUUUGUCAUCGGAAAGCUAUUCUGAGUUUCAUAGCUGGGCUUGAUACAACUGAGCUGCCACUUUUCUUUGCAUUACUGAUAAAGCCGUUGCAAAUAGUAGAGAAAACUGAUGGGCCUGCUAACUUGUUUUGGACUUUACCUAUAGGUUGCACUAGUGAAUUUCAAGCAUCUUCUUUGUUAGAAUAUUUUACUUUGGACAAUAUCGCAACCCUAUCCUGGAAAAAGAAAUAUGGCUUCUUGCAUGUUAUAGAAGAUAUUGUUGGAGUUUUUGAUGAAUUGCAUAUUAGACCUUUUCUUGAUUUGCUGGUGGGGUGUGUUGUUCGGCUGUUGGAGAGUUGCACAUUAAGUCUUGACAACGUAAAUCUGAAUGGGGUUUCUUCAAAUCAACACAAUUCUAGCACCAGCCCAAUCACUCUUAGUGGGGAAAGUGUGCCAGAAAAUCAAAUCCUGAUUGGCAAUACGUCAAAUCAGCUCAAAGAUAUGAGAUCUCUGUGCCUGAAAAUUGUUUCCCGUGUUGUCCAUAAGUACGAGGAUCAUGAAUUUGGUUCUGAUUUUUGGGACAGAUUCUUUUCUUCGGCAAAACCCCUGAUUAAUAAAUUCAAACACGAGGCUGCUAGUAGUGAGAAACCAAGUUCAUUGCUAUCUUGCUUUCUGGCCAUGAGUGCAAACCAUAAGCUUGUAGCACUAUUAUGCCGGGAAGAAAGUCUCAUACCUGAUAUAUUUUCCAUUGUUUCUGUCAAUUCGGCUUCUGAGGCUAUUGUAUAUUGUGUUCUGAAGUUUGUCGAGAACUUGUUAAGCCUUGACAAUCAGUUGGAUUAUGAAGACAGUUCUGCCCAUAAAGUUUUACUUUCAAAUAUUGAAGUGCUUAUGGAUAGCAUUUGUUGUUUGUUUGGAAGUGACAAUGCAGCCAAGAGAAAGCUGAUCAAAUCUCCUGGGGAGACAGUUAUAAGAAUUUUCAAAUUUCUACCCAAGUACAUCAAGGAGGCAGAGUUUGCAAAGCGAUUUGUGGACAUACUGCUUCUGUUUUUGGAAAAGAAAACACAAAGUUCUGAUGUCUGUAUUGAAGUUUUGCAAGUCAUUCAAAAUAUCAUACCCAUAUUAGGAAAUGGAAGCACCGCUAAAAUUUUGAGUGCUGUUUCUCCUUUAUAUAUUUCGGCUGAGUUGGAUAUGCGUUUGAGAAUAUGUGAUCUUCUUGAUGUUCUCGUAGCAUCUGAUGCAUCUGUACUCACAGUGGCUAAUCUUCUUCGUCAGCUGAAUACGACAUCUACUUUGGGUUGGCUUGAUCACGAUGUUAUUUUGAAUGCUUACAGAAUCAUCAAUACCGAUUUCUUCAGAAAUGUUCAAGUGGAACAUGCAUUACUUAUUUUAUCACACUGUGUGCUUGACAUGUCCUCGGAAGAAACAACCUUUGUAUCUAGUGCACAGAGUUCAUUGCUAUCUUUUGUUGAUUUUUCUGCACUUAUCCUUUUGCAAGAAGGAAGCAAUGAACAAGAGUUGUCUGUAAUACAAAACACUGAUGGUUGUUGGACAAAAUCAUGCAUCCAGCGUAUUAUAAAGAAAUUUUUCUUGAAGCAUAUGGCAGAUGCUAUGGAUGGACCACUUGCUGUUAGAAAGGGAUGGAUGAAGUUGUUAAGUCAAAUGGCUUUGAAGGUCCCAGACGUGUCAAACCUUAAAUCACUCAUAGUCCUGUGCAAUGAGGACGGGGAAGCAGAUUUUUUUGACAAUAUAGCCGACUCAGUGAUCCGUAAGAGAGUGAAGGCAUUGUCACUGUUUAGGAAUGUUAUCAGUACGAACAAAUUAUCAGAGUUUAUCACUGAAAAAGUGUUCAUGCGACUCUUCUUCAACAUGCUGUUUGACGAGAAAGAAGUAAAGGUUGACCAUUUGAAAAUUGCAUGCAUCGAGACCAUUGCUUCUGUAGCUGGUCAGAUGGGAUGGAAUUCAUACUAUGCACUAUUGAACAAAUGUUUUCAGGGAGCAUCCAGGAGUCCAGACAAACAGAAACUCUUUAUACGCCUUAUCUGUUCUAUUUUGGAUAAAUUUCACUUUUCAGAACUUUCUCACACUGAAGAACCUACUUCUGUUGGCGUUUCUGACAUUAGGAUAACCGACACUGUUUCGUCAGCUAGUUUAGGCAACUUUGGUGCUUCUGGUGUGAACACAGAUAUACAGACGUGCCUCUAUAAAGUUGUGCUUCCUAAGAUACAAAAGCUGAUGGAUUCUGAUUCAGAAAGGGUCAAUGUAAAUAUCAGUCUUGCUGCGUUGAAACUACUUAAGUUACUUCCAGGUGAUUUGAUGGACACAUAUCUUCCAACUAUCGUUCAUCGAAUUUCAAACUUCUUAAAGAGUCAUCUAGAAAGCAUUCGUGAUGAAGCCAGGUCUGCAUUGGCUACUUGUUUGAAAGAACUUGGAUUGGAAUACUUGCAAUUCAUUGUUAAGGUUUUGCGAUCAACUUUAAAGCGAGGAUAUGAACUUCAUGUCCUAGGAUACACACUGCAUUUUAUUCUGUCCAAGUGUCUUUCGAGUGCCAUUUGUGGAAAGAUAGAUUACUGUUUGGGGGAUCUCCUUUCUGUCAUAGAAAAUGACAUUCUCGGAGUUGUUGCUGAACAGAAGGAAGUGGAAAAGAUAGCUUCAAAAAUGAAAGAAACAAAGAAGAAAACAUCAUUUGAAAGCUUGAAAUUUGUGGCCCAAAAUGUAACAUUCAAAAGCUGUGCACUAAAGCUACUUGCACCAAUGACUGCUCAUUUGCAGAAGCAUGUCACACAAAAUGUUAAAGGAAAAUUGGAAAAUAUGUUGCAUAGUAUAGCUGCUGGUAUUGAAAGCAAUCCAUCUGUAGAUCAGACUGAUCUAUUUGUCUUUAUUUAUCGCAUUGUUGAUGAUGGCUUAAAGAAUGAAAUUGGUCGGCAUGAGAGUAAGUUGUUAAAAUCGGAAGAUAAGGAUAGGCGUACUAACACCAAAAGAAUUUUUUCAGGGAGUGCAGUUGCUAGUGGCUUAUUAUGCUCACACCUUAUAACAGUGUUUGGUAUCAGAAUAUUGCAUAAACGCUUGAAGGGCUUAAAACAGGUUGUUGAAGAUGAAAAGACCUUGUCUUUAUUAGAUCCUUUUGUCAAGCUAUUUAGUGAUGGUUUGUGCUCGAAGUAUGAGGACAUAUUGUCUGCUUCCCUUGGAUGCCUUACUGUACUGGUAAAGUUGCCUUUACCAUCCCUUCAAGAACAUGCUGAGAGAAUAAAGUCUGCUGUAUUGGAUAUUGCCCAAAGCUCAGUGAACUCUAGCAGUCCUUUAAUGCAGUCAUGUUUGACAUUUCUGACUAUGCUUUUGAGGAAAACUAAAAUUUCCCUCACCUCUAACCAAAUACAUAUACUAAUUCAGCUUCCAAUAUUUCUGGACCUUGAAAGGAAUCCAUCUUUGGUGGCCCUAUCACUUCUAAAAAGUAUUGUCAAGCGCAAGCUGGAUGACGUACCUGAGAUAUAUGAUAUUGUUACUAGGGUUGCUGAAUUGAUGGUGACAAGUCAAAUGGAAUCUAUUCGCAAAAAAUGCAGUAAAAUUUUGUUGCAAUUUUUGCUUGAUUAUCGACUUUCACAAAAGCGUUUGCAACAACAUCUGGACUUUUUGCUCUCGAAUUUGAGUUAUGAACAUUCGACUGGACGGGAAUCUGUUCUCGAAAUGAUUAAUGCUAUUAUAGUCAAAUUUCCUCCAAAUAUUUUGGACGAGCAAUCACAAACUUUUUUUCUCCAUUUGGUAGUUCGCUUGGCAAAUGACAGUGAUGAUAUUGUUCGUUCUAUGAGUGGGGCUGCUAUAAAGAAGCUUAUUGGUUCUGUUAGUCCCAAUUCACUUGAUUCUAUUCUUAAAUAUACCCUUUCUUGGUAUUUGGGUGACAAGCAGCAACUAUGGGGUGCGGCCGCACAGGUUUUGGGUUUGCUGAUUGAGGUAAUAAAGAAAGGAUUUCUUAAACAUAUAGACUGUAUCUUGCCAGUGACUUGUCGGAUCUUGCAAUCUGCUUUACAUGCAGUCACAAACAGGCAUGAAAGCUUUGAGGUUGAAUCCACCAUCCCCCUUUGGAAGGAGGCAUACUAUUCUCUUGUUAUGCUAGAGAAGAUGAUUCAUGAGUUCCAUGAUGAAUGCUUUGCAAAGCACCUAGAGGAUAUAUGGGAGGCAAUAUGUGAGAUGUUGUUGCACCCACACUCGUGGUUACGCAACAAAUCAGUUCGUCUCAUAGCUCUAUACUUUGCACAUGUUGUCAACAGCGAAAAUGAUCAAAGCUCCACAAGUAGUUAUUUUAUGAUGACUCCUAGUAGAUUAUAUCUAAUAGCCACUUCUCUUUGCUGCCAAUUGAAAAUGCCACUUAUAGAUGAUGCUGACAGCAACCUGAUGACCCAGAAUAUUGUCUUUGCCAUUUGUCGCGUGCAUUCUUUAAUGAGGCAAACUGCCUGCAUAGAUCCCCCUGCCUUCUGGUCUGCUCUUGAGCAACAUGAAAAGGAUCGAUUUCUCAAAGCUUUUGACUUGAUUAAUGCAAGAAAAGAAAGAAGCAUGUUUGUGUCUUCAUCUCUUACCUCCUCCUCCUCCUCUGUAUGUGAAGACAGUAGUCAGCUUAAUGUUAACAACACCCAAUAUACACUUGUCUCGUUAUUACUAAAGAAAAUGGGCAAAAUUGCCCUUCAAGCAGAUGCCAUUCAGAUGGGAAUAGUCUUCAACAGUUUUGGGAAAAUUAUGGCACAAAUACAGAUCAUCAGUAAGGAUGACUGCCUGAACUAUGCACAUGUGGUCCUAUUACCUCUGUAUAAAGUUUCUGAAGGAUUUGCUGGAAAAGUGAUAGCUGAUGAUCUCAAAAAGUUGGCAGACGACGCACGUGGAAAAAUAGAGCAUAUUCUGGGUACUCAAAACUACGUGCAAGUUUAUAACCUUAUCAGGAAGAACCUCAGCUCUAAAAGAAAUAAGAGGAAACAGGAAGAAAAACUCAUGGCUGUUACCAAUCCUAUGCGAAAUGCCAAAAGGAAAUUGAAAAUUUCUGCAAAACAUCGUGCCAACAAAAAGAGAAAGAUUACAUCUUUGAAAAUGGGGAAAUGGAGGCAUUGAUUGAGGUUGGUGGUAUCAGUAGAAACGCCCACACAUAUGCAUCAUCUGGUUUAGAACUUUUAGUAUCUGUGUCGAGGUUCGUACAACCACCGGUCUUACCAUGAAACUUGCUUGUUUGAAGAAAAAUUAGCGGGUUUGAAGUUUUUGAAGAUCAUGAGCAAAUUAUUGUAUGCUAGCAUGUCCCAGGACCAGGAGGCCCACAGACACAACCAGAGCAACAAGUUUGGUUUUUUUGGGAUAACUUUGGAGUAUCACUUUCACAACAGGUUGUAGCGAAUUUGUUUUAAAUAGGAAGGUAACAUCCAUUUACAUUUAUACUGAGUUAUGGUUCAGCCUCUCAUAGGAGCGUUCACUUUUAUGCGUUCAUCAGCAGAGGAAGACUUCUGAAGUAUGAAUGCUGAGUUUUGUUUCUGAUUUCCCAGUUCUUGUACAUUACAUUGUUACGGAUUGGAAAAAAGAAAUACAUAAGAAUAUUUUGGGGAGGAGCAUA